AUGAUGCUGGGCGAGAGUGAGUUGGAGCGUGUCGGCAAGUCCGAGUUAUCGGAGGAGGGUGAGAAUCCUAAUUUUGCACCGACUACCCUGGGGGAAUUGAUAGAAGAUAUCCAAUUUGGUAUCUUCUUGGCCAUGUGUUUAUAUGUUCUUGUCGGAUUGUAUAUAGCUAUGAGUAUAGCAAGGAAGCGCCGCAUCUGGACAGAGACUGACCAGAUGAAGUAUUCUACAUUCAAAUGGAAGGUGGCGAACAAUACAGUGGGCAAGUCGAUAGUUCGAUAUUGGGCGCUGCGGCAGCGCUUCCUCAACCCUCCAUCUCUCUUGCGGUACAAGACUAAACAUCCUGAUUCUUUUCCUUUCCAUGCUUACAUUUACAAGUGUCAUGUACAGCUUCUCACCUCUUUGGUUGCCAUCAAUGCCCCGACAUGGAUUUCUUCUUGGUUCAUUGUCCUUCUCACAUACCCAUUGUUACAAGUGGCAGAUAAGGAGUUGACCACUUACAUCGUCACUGGACUGAGCGUCUUGGUCCUCAUUACACUCUUUCUGCUCUGGGAACAAACGUCCAAUGCCGUGGAGCAAAUCACGCCCUCUGUGGUGCGAACCAAAGAAUGUAUACUGCAAUCCAACACCUUGGAACAGGCGCUAUCCAGCAUGCCCGAAGAAGUGCCUCUCGAUUCACGCCUGCACAUCGUCAACAACGUCUCCUUCUUCGGUUCUGACGAAGACGCAGUAGCGGACGAGUCUGCCGCACCUCUCGUAGCCGCCGAGGAACCUACUGUUGCUGCCGUGUCUGGGGAAGGGGCCGGGCACCCUAUUCAUCCGGUGGGUGCUUCUAAGUCGGUGGGUGUGUUGGGCAUCCGCAACGUACAGGAUUCUCUGUUAUUAUUUGGCCACACUAACUACGUGCGCAAUCUAAUGCAGUUGUUGAUGUUUUUGCAGGUAGCAGGACUUGCGUUUUCCGCAACACGGUUGUUCAAUCCCUAUUGGGAGCGCGACAUGCCGAAUUGGAAUGACAAGGCGGUCUUGGUGCUUCCUGGUGCCUUGAGCCUGCUUUCCUUUCUGCUCAUUUGGCCGAACUUAGUGACGAAUGUGACAUUCAUUACAAGCUUGGAGUUCCGGGUUAAAGGAGACGUGGUGCAUGAGUUAGAUGACCAGAUCACAGUGGCAAAGUACCGCGACCGCAAAACUCUGAUAGCCAUUAUGAAGACCAUUCCCUACCUCAGCUAUCUGGACGACGAGGUCGAGGAACUCCGCCACUACCGAGAAUUCGACUUAUUCGCCGCCAUGCCUCAAGUACAACGAGAACAACUCAUGACCCUUCAUAAAUUGAUGCAACAUAGUGGACGGAAUAACGACAGGAACCCAGGCAGUGCUAGUGGCGUUGGCGAUGUCUGGAACUUGGCACGCAGCGGAUGCCAUGGCAGCCGGGUGGCGCAGGUAUUAAAUGUGCCCGACAGUUGUCUAUCACUCUUCAACAACGCAGGCAACCUUACUGAACAACAGUUCAUUGGCGGCAUGGUUGCCCUCGCCUACGGACACCACCCCACCGGCGAUGACAAAAAUACUCAAAUCGCACAGUCUUUGUUCGAUAUCGUCGAUACAGAUCAUGACGGCUAUAUCUCCGAUCGAGAUCUCAUGGACGCACUUCAACACCAACCUGUACAAAUACAACCAGAGACCGUCCGCCUCUGGUUCACUGAAGAACUCCUUGUCACCGAUGCCGGCUACACCGACAAGGAAACCUUCGUAGAAGUUCUCAAAGAUACCCUCAGACCCAAGACAACUUCACACUAG